GUUGCGGCGGGUUCUCCCUUCCACCCCCGGAGCGGGAGUGGGCGUUCCUGCGGGUGACGUCAGCCUUUGUUUACACCCGGCGGCCGGGUGUGUGGGCGCCCGGUCAGUGGGAGCUCGGCGCGCACACCGCCCGGUCGGUUAGUCGGAACCCGGAGCCCCUCGGCGCCCGGUCAGUGAGUCGGAGCCCGGUCGGUCAGUCGGAACCCGGAGCCCCUCGGCGCCCGGUCGGUCGGUCAGUGAGUCGGAACCCGGAGCCCCUCGGCGCCCGGUCGGUCGGUCAGUCAGAGCCCCUCGGCGCCCGGUCGGUCAGUCGGAACCCGGAGCUCCUCGGCGCCCGGUCGGUCAGUGAGUCGGAGCCCGGUCGGUCAGUCGGAACCCGGAGCCCCUCGGCGCCCGGUCAGUCGGUCAGUCAGAGCCCCUCGGCGCCCGGUCGGUCAGUCGGUCAGUCAGUCAGUCAGUCGGCGCCCGGUCAGUCGCCGCCCGCCACCCUCCGGAGCGUCGUUUAUUUUGGGAAGCCGUGACUCAAACUUUUCUCUCUCGGCUGAGGGGCGGCAGAAAACGACAUGUGUUCGGGUCGGAGCUGAUGUGUGCAGCCGGCGCCCGGAGACACAGCAGCGGGAGUCGGUACCGGCGGCGGCGGCGGCGGCGCAGACACACGGCGGGGCGGGGGGAGGAGAGGAUGCCGAGGCGGGGGGAGAGCUUCCUCCUCCUGGAGCAGGCCGUCACCGUCGACCCGAAUGAGAUCGACGCGCUGGUGGCGAAGAUCGGGGAGACGCUGCGGUUCCAGCGGAUGCCGGGCGGCGGGGGGACCGGCGAGCCGCCGCCCCGGUCCCCGCCCCAGCCGCCGCCGCCGCCGCGGGGCCCCGCCAAGUGCGGCGUCUGCUGCACCGACCGCCUGAAGGCGCCGAGCCGCAACAAGCCUUACCAGGUGCCGGCCAGGCUGCGGGAGCCGGGGCCGGCGGCCGCCGCCCACGGUAGGAGCAAAGCCGGGCGGCAGGCGGCCGCCUGCGAGGUCAGCGCUCAGCAGCGGCUGGAGCAGCUGCUCUCCUCCGGCAACCUGAUCAAGGAGGCGGUGAGGCGCCUCCGCAUCGACCGCCACUGCCCGCCGCUCUACCUGGAGAAGAUGCCGCUGUAAGGAGCCGGGCCGCCGACAUCCACGCCGGCUGCUCGCCCGGCUCACCGCCGAGGGAGGCGCGGAAUCGGCCGCCGAAUGUCGGUGUGAAAUGAACAGGAGAGAGAAAGGUUCUGUCUUAAUCUUAACGCACUGUGCGGUAUUCUUAAAGAGAUUACUAAAGCCAUUCGGAUCCAUCUCUGCACCAGUCCUGAUGACUACAAUGUGUUUUCUAAAACAAUGCAAAGCCAAGGGUAAUCUUUUGGAUGUGGAUUUCAUUGCAUUUUUUCAACGGGUCUGCCCGAGGUUACACCGUGUUUACAGCAGGAAAUCUCGCCGUCUGGUGCUUGUUUUUGAAGGAGUCUGUGACACCGCAAGGUCGUUACCACGCCGACCUUGAUAUUUUACCCCCCCACUUUGGACUCCCGUAUUUUUGACUGACCGUUUCCACAGAUGUUUCAAUCCCCCCCCCCAAGCCGUUUAUCACCCGUGGACUGGAUACCACAUGGCAGCUGAGCCGAGCCGACCCCGCAUUCCAAGAACUCUCGACCCACUACAUCAGGAAUUCCGCGAACUGUUUACAGUACGUGUCGUUUCCCACUGCGUUUUGGACCUGGUUUCAUGGAAAAGUAGGGUUAAGUUCGUUGUUAUUUAAUAGGCCCUUAAUUUUCGCUACAAUAAAAUAAGGUGUACACUUCGUAACGGAGUAUUUUGUUGUUCCUGUUAUCCAGGAAUUGAUGUCGAAUAAAAUAUUGCAGUUA